AUGAGCCCCCAGGUGGCCAUCAAGAAUAUCCGGAGGAUCGAAUCCCUCCAGGACCCGAAGCCCUGGCAGAUAUUCUCUCUGAAGUUCUACCCUUUGAUGCUGGGCAUGAUGGGCCUCAGCGUGGCUUUGCGGAAGCUCUUCCGGAGCGGCUUUGCCGGUGGAAUGGUCACCUAUGGAGGCCUCGUCUCGGGCAUCGGCACCACGCUUUUUGUGAGCGCCUUUGCCUACUGGUUUGAAGAUGCCUUCGGCGUGAAGGCUAAGAAGUCUGAGCCCACUGCCAAGUAG